UUUCUCUAUAGGAGUCAGAAAAGAAAACUUUGAUUUAAAACAACAAUAUACGUAGGUUUCGCUCAGCUACUUCACUGCCUGCGUUUAUGAAAUUGUUGGUUCUAUCAGAAUGACAUCGGGUUUUGAAUGAUUUGGACGGAGAGAAAGAGAAGUUGGUGCGCAAGGUUUUCGACAUGCCAGAGAAUGUUUCUUUCCUCAGGAACCGCACGGAACUGGGACACGGUCGAGCGUUGGGACAGGGUGCGCGUCCCGCCUGGGCUAUCACGGUGCUGGCCAGCGUGCUGAUCUUCACUACCGUGGUGGAUGUCUUGGGAAAUCUGCUGGUGAUUAUUUCAGUUCUCAGAAAUAGAAAACUUAGAAACGCCGGUAACGUGUUUGUUGUGAGCCUGGCCUUUGCUGACCUGGUGGUGGCAUUUUACCCCUACCCGCUGGUGCUGUAUGCCAUCUUUCACGACGGCUGGUCCCUGGGCGACACACAGUGCAAGGUGAGCGGCUUCCUGAUGGGGCUGAGCGUCAUCGGCUCCAUCUUCAACAUCACCGGCAUCGCCGUCAACCGCUACUGCUACAUCUGCCACAGCUUCGCGUACGACAAGCUCUACAGCUACCGCAACACCCUGCUCUUCGUCGCCCUCAUCUGGGCACUGACCGUCAUCGCCAUUGUGCCAAACUUCUUUGUGGGGUCCUUGCAGUACGACCCCCGCAUCUACUCCUGCACCUUCGCCCAGACGGUCAGCAGCUCCUACACCAUCACUGUGGUGGUCAUCCACUUCAUUGUGCCCAUUAUGGUAGUGACCUUCUGCUACCUGCGGAUUUGGAUCCUGGUCAUCCAGGUGCGGAGGAAGGUCAAGAGCGAGGUGCGGCCACGCCUGAAGCCCAGCGACCUGAGGAACUUCAUCACCAUGUUUGUGGUGUUCGUCCUUUUCGCCAUCUGCUGGGCGCCGCUUAACUUCAUCGGACUGGCGGUGGCCAUCAACCCACAGGUCGUGGCCCCCCGCAUCCCAGAGUGGCUCUUUGUGGUCAGCUACUUCAUGGCCUACUUCAACAGCUGCCUUAAUGCCAUCAUCUACGGACUGCUCAACCAGAAUUUCAGGAAGGAGUAUAAGAGGAUUGUCAUGUCCAUGUGGAUGCCCAGACUCUUCUUUCAGGAGACGUCCAGAGGGGGAACAGAGGCAAUGAAAAGCAAGCCCUCUCCAGGCCUGAACAACAAUGAGCAUAUGAAAGCUGAGACCCUGUAA